AUGUCAAAUUCAACAUCAGGCGAUAUAGCAGGAUUCUUAGCCGCAGAUUUAAUAAUUAUUAUAUUUUCAAUUAUUGCGAUUGUGGUUGCGUUGUUAUUUAUCGCCAUUGUUGUGUUUAAUCGUCAAACUCAUUCUGUAGCUAAUCUUUUAGCAUGUCAUUCAUCUAUGGCAGAAAUAAUGUUUAGUCUGACAACAUUAAAUAUAGCCAUACAAAUGUAUCAGAAGGAUAUUGCUUCAAUCACACCAAUGUCUGAUAAUGAUAUUGCUUAUCCAUCCUGUUUUUUUUGGGGCUGGAUGAUAUACGUUAGUGCUACAUUACAAGAUUAUUCAUAUGCAAUACAAGCCUUUUAUCGUUACAUGUGUGUGGUAUAUAAGAGCAAAAGCUUUUUACAAAGUUAUCGUUUAUAUAUUGUAGUGAUAGCAAUUCACUGGAUGUUUGCUUUGUUGACUCAAUUACCUUAUUAUGUAUUAGAACAAAUUAAAUAUGAUAAUUUUAAUCAUCUAUGUCAAGUAGCAAUAAGAAACAGUGGCCUUAUCAUGUACAUCGACUCAGUUGUUUACAUAUUUCCAGUAUCAGUAGUUGUUUUUGUCUAUUAUAAAUUGGUUGUUUAUGUACGAACGAUUAGUAAUCAGUCAAAAUUAAGCAAUGUUCCAUCAAUAGCCUUAUUUCAAGCAAAACGUGAAUUAAAAAUGGUAAAACGUAUUAUUGUUCUUAUUCUCAUAUUACUUCCAUGUGGUUUUCCAUAUACGGUUUUUAAUUUCAUUGGUUUUGUAGCAGAUCCGCCUAGAUAUCAUUUUCGUGUUAGUAUUACAUUUAUUAUAUUAUCAUCAGCUCUUGUUAUGAUAGCAAUGUUUUUACAAACAAGAAAUGUUAAAGAUGUUCUAUUCAAUUUUAUUAGAUAUAAAACAAAUCGUAUACAAACAACAACAACAACAACAACAGGUAGUCAUAAUAAUAAUCCUCAUCCUAUAUCAAUGCUUAAUACAAAUCAGAAAUGA